UUGAAAUGGAACAGGAAAGAUAGUUUCAUCACACAUAGAGCAUUCUGUGACGCCUUAGCUGAAGAGAGUGCAAGAUUCGUCUCAGUUCCACCAGCUGCAGCUUCAGCCACACCCGCAUAUCUACACAAUGCCCCGGACGCUGAAGUCAACCUUGGAAACAUCAAUCAAAAUCAUCAACAUGGACAUACUACAUCUUCCCAAUUGGAUCAACCGGGUUUCAAUAACCAGCGCCAAACCUUUUUGGGACAAACCUUCACCAACCAGCUCCCCAUACAACCCAAUGUUUAUGCCUCCCCAUCAACUCGUAGCGCAUCCGACUCGCUUCAAAAUCUAUGGCAUUUACAAGGACAAUCAUCUCAUCAAUGGCUUCUCAACGAAAACAACAAUAACAACAUUCUCCAAAGGGGAAUCUCCAAGAAUGAAGAGGAACAUGAGAUCAAAAAGGUUGCAACUAGUGGUUCUUUGUUCUCUUCGGAAGCACUCAACAACGCUAAUGAUUACAGCCAAAACGGUGGACAAAUAGCAUCCAUGUCAGCCACGGCAUUGUUACAAAAGGCGGCUCAAAUGGGAUCAAAGAGAUCAUCAUCAAGCUUAAACAAUAGCAAGGCUUUUGGUCUAAUGAGUAACACCUCCAUCUUCAACAACAAGCAAACGGAGAAUAUGAAAACUACGGAAGUUGAUGAAGGAGGCUUCACGAGAGACUUUCUUGGUGUGGGAAGUCAACACAGUACUUGGCCAUUAUUAAUGGUAAACCGUAAUCUUCUCGACUCGUCCCCUCCGGCCACUACCGACGGUACCCCAACCCCCGACAGGAACCACUAGUUUGAAAUGCACAAACGUAAACUAUGUAAACCCAAGUGACGAGAGGACAGUUUAAGCACGGCGAAUUAACACCGUGAAAGAUGGGUUUUUGACUCGGAGAGAAUCUCUGAGUCAACUCGGUGCUGCGUAGUGGGUCCACUAGGUUGACAGAGAUGGGAAGCUAUUCGGGUCCACUUCUGCAUGCAUGCACAGCAGAGCAAAGCAUACGCUAUCUCUUUUCUUAUUCUUAAUUUUGUUUUUUCCUUGUAAUUAUUUUCAUGCUUUAAGUUGGAAAGAACCUAAAAGAAACAAGGAAAAAGUUUGUACGUAGGUUAUGUAAACUUUAAGUAGUUGUUACUUUUUGUUUUUUUCCUUGCAAAAGGUGAACCUUUUUAAUUCUUGUUAUUGAAAAACUUCAUUUUCUA